AUGCUGACUCCAUCCCUUGUAGUGACUCGUUCCCACAAGGCCAACGACCGUGACCACAAGGGUCUCGCUGAGGGCACCGCCCUCCCCACCGAGCAUCUUCCUCGCUUCUUUGCCAAGCACGGCUAUGCCGAUGUCGACCCCAAGAAGGUGAAGAAGGACGGCUCUGGUCGAGGUAACUGGGGAACCGUCAACGACGACAUCGCUGACGAAGACUUCACCUUUACCAACGCUCGUCGCCGCUCCAACAGCAGCAGCUUCUCACACCACGUCUCAGACCUCAAGACCAAGUUCGAGGUCAACGAGCCCGAGCCCGUCUUUGAGGAGUCGGUCCAUGGUCCAGAGGAGGAGGACCAUGAGGACCUCUCCAAGACCGACUCUUCCGAGAGCGGCCGAUCCUCCUCCUAA